AACAGUGACGCUGUCUUGAUGACGGAUUGCAGUGAUAAACACAAACACGCAGUCUGAGCCCAGUCUGCGGGGACGUCAGUGGAGCUUUUUUGGACAUAGUUAGCGGACAACCUCUGGUUCCCUGACUUCGCUUCGCUCGCUCGCUACCCGUGGCCUUUGACGCCGCGAAACCUUUGACCAACCGUUCAAGAGGAACCCAGGCGAGGGCGAGAAAGCUGGUGACCGUCCUUGCGAGCCCUACUUUCCCGCGUCCCCUCACUUCUCCUCGGGGGGCGGUUUACUCGAAAGCGGCGGAAGCAAUAUGACCGAGCUCCGGCGACGAGGGGGCGGCGGGGAGGACCCGGACAGCACUGACAACAUGACUGACAAGGAGGGCGAGGACGACAGGUUGUUGGGCCUGCAGGGCGACACGGAGGCAGAGUGCGACGUGGACACCAAGGCGGACGCCGCCGACGUGCCGGCGUCCACGGCGGACACCGACAACACGCCGCAGUGUCUCAACAAGGCCCUGGAGGGACUGCCGCCGAGAUGGAAGAACUACUGGAUCCGAGGAGUUUUGUCUCUCGCAAUGAUUUGCGGCUUCUUCCUUAUCAUCUACCUGGGACCAAUUGCUCUCAUUUUGAUCGUGAUGACGGUGCAAAUCAAGUGUUUCCAAGAAAUCAUUACAAUCGGCUACAAGGUCUAUCGCUCAUACGACCUGCCCUGGUUCAGGACUCUGAGCUGGUACUUCCUGGUGUGCGUCAACUACUUCUUCUACGGUGAGACGCUGGCCGACUACUUUGGCGCGCUGGUGCGGAGGGAGGAGCCCUUGCAGUUCUUAUCUCGCUACCACAGGUUUAUCUCCUUUGCCUUGUACCUGGCAGGUUUCUGCAUGUUUGUGCUGAGUUUAGUGAAGAAACAUUACCGCCUCCAGUUUUACAUGUUUGCCUGGACCCAUGUGACGCUGUUGAUUGUGGUGACUCAGUCGCACCUUGUCAUUCAGAACCUGUUUGAAGGAAUGAUCUGGUUCAUCGUGCCCAUCUCCAUCGUGAUCUGCAACGACAUUGGCGCCUACCUGUUCGGCUUCUUCUUUGGACGCACGCCACUCAUCAAGCUCUCGCCCAAGAAGACAUGGGAAGGAUUUAUCGGAGGCUACUUCUCCACCGUCGUUUUUGGAUUCAUUUUGUCGUCGCUGCUGUCCCAGUUCCAGUACUUUGUGUGUCCGGUGGGCCUGAGCAGCGAGAGCGGCAGCUUGUUCACGGUGGAAUGCGAGCCGUCCGACCUGUUUGUGCUGCAGCAGUACAAACUGCCCGCGCUGGUCCGCAACGCGCUGUCGUGGGAAACGGUGACAUUGUACCCGUUCCAGAUCCACAGCAUUUUCCUGUCAUCCUUCGCAUCGCUCAUCGGCCCUUUUGGCGGCUUCUUCGCCAGCGGCUUCAAGCGAGCCUUCAAGAUCAAAGAUUUCGCCAGCACCAUCCCGGGACACGGAGGCAUCAUGGACCGCUUCGACUGUCAGUACCUGAUGGCCACCUUCACCCACGUCUACAUCGCCAGCUUCAUCAGGGGCCCCAAUCCCAGCAAAGUCCUGCAGCAGCUGCUCAUGCUGCAGCCGGAGCAGCAACUUAGCAUCUUCAACACGCUCACCUCGCACCUGAAGGACCGUGGCCUGUUGCCCCCCACAGCAUGAAAAGGGGGGUUGACGCAAGAGUGUGUGUGUUUGUGUGUGAUGGUAAAACUACGUACACAACAUAGACACAACAACAACACAUCUUGUGUGAUCCUGGUAACUCUCCAUCCGACUUGAAAAAUAAAAAUGGAGGGAGGGGGGUUGGGG